CAUCUCAAAUCCAUCCCAGAGUACCCAAGAAGACAAGAAACACCAGGGCAGACGGCAUCAUGGAAAGAACAAAUCUAAGUACAAGAGUGCCAUGAAAGUAAAGAUCACAGACAGGGUACGCCAAAUGAGAGAGGCCAAAGCCCAGAAAGACAAACGGAACAAGCUCACGCCCGAAACCCUUGGUCCAUUGCAGGUUCAAGAACUCGUUCUGAAACAAGAAUUCAAGGACGUUGGAGAAAAACUUGGUGGGAACAUUGUGAAAGAACCGGUUCCAGAUGUGGUUUACAAGGACAAGUAUGACAUCAUAAAGGAGCGAAGGGCGCGUAUGUCAAAGGCCAUACAAGAUCAAUGUUCAGUUUCACCAAGCAAAGCUGCCAAAGAGAGUGUGACGACUAGCCCAAAGAAGCGCCAGAGGCAUUCUUCUUCAGGGAGUCAGAAGUCAGACACCAAUGUAUCAGUACUGCGCAACUCAGAGAGCGGAGAGGAGGGUGCCUUGAAGCAGCAGGCUCUAGAAGCCCUGCUGGAGAUUACGGGGAAAGAGUUUACGAGCAUGAACAGUUUUGGCAAGGAGCAGCAUCAACAAAAUGUGUCCACAUCUGAGGAGCCCGUCAUAACCCCCCAUACCCCGCCAGCAGUAGCAAAGCAGGAUAAUGAAUUGUUGAAGAGCAAUCUUGCUGUAUCGCAUUUGAUGCAGUUUGCAAACAAUGCGCAGAUGGUUCAGGCUGAUCGAAUAAGGAUUUAUCAAAAGAAACAAAUAAAUCAAAACAAAGAGGCUGACUUUGGACACUUUAAACUUGUGCCUCAUCGAAAGGAAAGAGGAGAUUCAGAGAGUCAGCAGAGUCCGAAGGAAGGAAAGCAUAUGUGCGAUUAUUGUGGCCGCAGAUGCUCUAAACCUAGUGUACUGAAGAAGCAUAUCCGGUCCCACACCGGGGAACGCCCCUAUCCCUGCACACCUUGUGGAAUCUCAUUCAAGACCAAAAGCAACCUCUAUAAACAUUGCAAAUCUCAUGCACAUGCAGCUAAAGCAGGCUUUUCGGGGGCGAGUCCAGAUUUAAAGCCAUUUGACUCUGAUCACGAGAGUGGGUCAGAAGAGACAGAUACAGACGAAGAGGGGAAGGAUAUUGGAAGAGAACAACACAAAAAUCUAGCGGAGAAUUGUGCGCAGAGUACCUCAUUAACAACUGAUCAAGAGAAAAGCAUGAACAUGACAAGUGUUCAAGCCCUUAUGAAUGGAGGCCGGACCUCAGUACCAGAUAGCCAUCCUACUUUUGUACCAUCAAGUAAGGCCCAGGCUUCCCCUAUUGCCAGUCAAACUGGGAACAGAAUGUGGGAGACCAUAUCCAGUUCACCUCAUCUUGGAAACCGUAGCUCUCGGGACCUUCACAUGCUGUCGCAACUUUCAACAGACAUUUUGAAUGGCACAAGGGAAAGACAACCAAAAGAUAGUUUGCAAGGGUCUUAUCUGAGGGACUAUGAAUCUAAUAUGUCAAGGCCUAAAAACCAGCUCAAUGAUGAAAAUCCAUUGUCCAGGCCUUCUGAAACUUCUACAAGUCAGGAAAGAUCAGAGGCACCAUCACCUAAUUCAGAGAGCAACUCAACAGAUCAAAUAAUGAUCCCACUUAAGAACUUCAACAUUGUAAGAUCAGGGGGUCAUUACCACUUUCAAAUCCCAGUGGAAGGAAUUCCGGGUUUGUCAGAAGAAGUAAUUAAAGAGCAGUCUAGGUUUGUGCAGGAAAGCAAUGAUUCAGUAAAAGAAAGAGGAGAAAAAUCACGACCAACACUAAACUCUCCCUCCACUCAAAUCAAGUUGCAGCAGCAUAUUCAAAAACUCAUCUCCCAAAAUGAGGCUAUAGUAGAUGAUUCUGAUUUGGAAUCUGUGAAACCAAGAAGACCUAGUUUUUCUUAUCGGGAAAGCAUGACAAGCACCCCACCCCAGCUACCUGCCAGCGGCGCAUUAGAUGUGCGUAAUGACUCAAAGACUGUAGCAGAGAGUAGUGUCACCAUGGAAACAAAGAGAAGGUCAGAGUUGGCUGAGCAAACUAAUUUAGACAGCAAGCAGGAAGUUAGAGGAAAUCAAGAUAGACAGUGGGAAGCACAGACCCUUAUGAGCAGCCAGUACAGCGCACAUCUGCACACGGGUCAGUCGAGGCACGGGCUCACUUACAAGGCAGCGGAAGCAGGCAUCAAUACAGGCCAUAAGCUGCCAACUUCCUCGCCAGUUACUCUUCAGCAGGCAGUGCCAGGGGAUGGUAAUAUAAUUAGGAAUAUACUGCUUGAGCACAAACGUACUCAGCAAGCAACACCUGCUAGCAUGCUAGGCCAGAGUUUACCCAUGGAUCGUCAACAGUACUCACCCCUUUGGUCUCCAGCCCAGAUGCAUCUUGCACCAUGGAUGCUGAAAGAUGCUUUACCAGGUGGCAUGAGAUAUCCAAUGCCAGUCAUGUAUCCCCAUGCAGCCAUGAUGCAACACUUACCUACUGAACAUUUACCUGCAACAUCUCAAAGUCACCAAUUUAUGAAGGAGAGUGGAAAAAGUAAACAUCAUCACACUGAAUCUGGAAAGUCCGCUCACAAACGUAAGAAGUGCAAAUCGGAGAGUGAUGCUUCUGGGUCUCAUGAAUCGCAUCAUUCAAGGAAAAAGGCACGGAAGCACCAUGACCAUCCAACCAUUAAAGAAGAAGUUACAAAAGGUUUGCCCCUUUCUAAUGCUGCACCCAGUCAUUCCAUGCUGCCAAUGUUUUCUCCACCAUUUCCUGGUCCGGAUGCGAACCAAGCUGCUUACCAACUACCAUGGAUUCAUGCUUCUUUACCGAAGGGUACCUCAACCCCCCUUCGGUCUCCCUAUUCACCAAAACCCGCAGCGAAGUCUCUGGAAGCAAAUUUUCCUGGGGUAUCUGUCAUUCAACACACUCCCACAACCCCUCAUACACCUACCCAGUUCCCAUCAUUGCCAGGACAACAGAUGACUUCUUUCAUGCCAGAAAAGGGUGAUGGGAAGAGAGACUCGCCUGCUGGCCUCACACAGUGGGCAAAAGAAAUGAGGAGCUCAUAUCAAGCCCCUCCUGGAAAUAUGAGGAUUGACCUUCAACUUGCCAGCCCUUCUGUCCCACAUUCACCUCGUCCUGAGGGUUUACUAAAGGUUGCUCCACCUCGAUCACCUCUCACACCCAAGACCUUGAGUCUCGCCAGCCCAAUGAUUCCCAGUGCACCUUCAACAUUGCAGGACAAAAGUGACCUAGCAAAAGAAUUACAGAAUGUGGAACAAAUGCCUGUUAAUGAAGCUCUUGCCAGGAAGAAGAAAAGCUUCACCUUGGCUCUCGACGACACCAGUGCCAGAGCUAGUCUUCAGAAACGCAGGAAUCUUCCAGCUAUUCCAGGAUUGAACAUGAGUCCUGGAAGAUCUGUUCCUACAAAGAGAACUCCUGGUGAACAAACUCAUGCCUUGGACUUGACAGCAAAAAUUCAGUCCAUGGGGUCACCCAUGUCAGCUAAAAUCCCAAGGGUUGAUAUUGCUGCCAGAUCACCUGCCUACACACCAACUGAAGGUGGUAAAAAAUUUCCAAAGUCACCUAUGAAAUUUGGAGCUGGAGCAGCCGCUAGGCAUAGGCUUAGUCUUGAUCUACAACAACCUUUAACAGCAGCAGUCAAAGGUGCUUCUACUCCUGAUGGAGUGAAACCAUCCCCAAAGAUUGAUCCAAGGGUGUUGCUAUCACCUGAAGCAUUGUCUAUUGCAGAAUCUGUUAUGAGGAUGUCCCAGUCACCACUAAAGGCUAAAACACCAAGUACACCAGUAGAUGCUGCCAGAGAACUGGGGCGGCUUGUUGCCCAUGCCUUCCAUAAUGCUGGUGGAAGCAUCAAGAGCGUUCUUACAACAUCAGAUGAAGGAAUGAUUGUUGGGCCUAUAGCUACACCUACUGCUGAAGGUAAACCACAGUCUAAAUAUUUCAUCAUGCCAUCUCCUUCUUCAUCGCAUGCUCCAAGUUUUCCAUCAAGCUCCUCACCAAGAUCAGAAAAGUCUCCUUUGACCCCAAGUGAUAACUUAAGUCCUCAAGGAAAAACACCCUCGGGGAAAAGAGAUGCUUCAUUUGAGCUUUUCAAAGAUGAGGUAUCCAAUGGACUAGAUAACUGUGAGAAAACAGAUGAGAUUGUGCCAUCAGGCAGUUCUACCAACCUGACCGGCCAGGAGCCAUUAAAGCCAUCAUUACCUGACCUCCCUACCAAAGGAGAUAAUUCAAUUGCUGAUCAAGUACUGAAAGUUCUUACUCCAGUUUUACAGCAAGGGAAGGCUGUUACUCCAAGUAUGCAACAAGGAAAAGCAUCUACUCCAGUUAUGCAGCAAGGCUCACGGAAAACACCCAAGAAACUUGGAAAGGACUUGGCUGAUUGGUUUAGCAGUGUCAAGGUAAAUAAGGCAGGGAGUGGACCCGCCCUGGCACCAACUUUCUUGUAUGCCAAUAUCUCAUCCAGAAUGAAAGGGGUUGCUCAGGUCACUGAUUGCACCUCAAGAUGUAGCCAACCUAUGUAUGUGAUGCAGGGAUCAAAUGUGAAAAUUUCCAUGUAUUCAAACUGGAGACCAGGUGGUAACACAAAGAAUCCUCUUGGAGUCUCUUGGAGAGAACAACUCGGGCUGUACAACUCAGGUAUGAACAAAGAAAACAUUAAAGAUGUUGUCUCAAGCAUUAGUCCAUCUGGUGGCGGUAUCCUGACGCACUCCUCGGCCUGGAAUAUGUCCCUAGAAAAGAUCAAGGCUGUCAGCGAGGAGCUUCAAAAGCAAGCAAGUGGUAAACCCAUUCAGACUCCAACAGAAACUCCAGGGGAUGAAGAAACCCCAUCAUCCUCCCAUGAUAGUGAAGUCACCAUUGAGAAACAUGUAAAGGGGAAGGAGCCAAAGCGGAUACCCAUUUUUGAAGGAGGCUUCAAGUCCAAUGAAGAAUAUGUGUAUGUCAGAGGACGUGGCAGAGGGAAGUAUGUCUGCCAGGAGUGUGGAAUCAGAUGCAAGAAACCCAGUAUGCUGAAGAAACACAUCCGUACCCAUACCGAUGUGAGACCAUUUCAGUGUAGUGUAUGCAGUUUUGCAUUCAAAACAAAAGGCAAUCUCACAAAGCAUAUGAAAUCAAAAGCUCAUACAAAGAAAUGCUUGGAGAAUGGGAUUAAUCCUUCUGACUUGGAACAUGAGCAUGGCAUCGACUCAAGCGUGUAUGAGGAUGGCGAUGACCAUCAGUAUUCUGAUGCUGAUGAUAAUGAAGAUACAGACUCGGCAGAUGAGGAUUCUGAAGAGGAAGAGAUGGAUGAUGGAAUGAAUGAAGAGAUGGAGGUUGAUGAUCUACCCCAAGAACACCAAGAUGGCAAUGCUGAAGGGGAUUCAGUCUACCAUCCUGGUAAGCUCAAGAGAUCAUACAGUGAAAUUUUGAAGCCACAAGAUCUUGCAGAUGCUAAGGAUGACCUAAUGCAUGCCUCCAAGCUCACAAGGUCAGAGGUUGUUUGCAAGCUUUCCCAACAUCUCACCAAUAGACAGCGGGCCCAUGUUGGUCAAGACAGGGGUCACCCACCACUCACAAAAUCCCAGAGCCUAUCUCAGCUUCCAACUCUGAAGGCAGGGUUUGGUUACAAAAGUUCAUCCAGAAAAUCCCAGCCUCCUCCUGUACUAGACAAGUAUGGACAUAUUAUUGCUUUGGAAUCAUUUGCUCCAUCUACCAACCACUAUCGACUUGCCACUGGGAAUGCUUCAAUCACUGUUCGUUCCUCUUCGACAGAGAGCUGCUCAUCAGAGGGUGACCAUACUACUAAAGAUGGUUCUUUAGCAAAUGUUCCUGAUAGAGAUAUUGAACAGCCAGAUGAUGUUAUAGCCAGCAGAACUCGUGAAAGUGACAGAAGUGUCUCCAAUAGAAUACCAGUUGAAUCCUCAGGUUUAGUUAGAGUAACAAAUACUCAAGAUGAAGUUGUCACAAAACUGUCAGCAAGAUCUUCAAGAAUGGAUGAAGAUCAUUUAGCUAUUCCAGAUUCUGUUCCAUUUAAACCACAUGAGAACCUGAUUAGAAGGCAUGAAAAAUCUGACUCAAGGAUGCGUUUUUACUCGCCAAGCUCCAAGUUCGAGAUUAUGCCAGAAACCGCUCCUCCUGUCAUUGAGCCUGUAUCAGAUGAUGAGGGAGAAGGAAGCAGUAGUAAAAAUGGAAAGCCAGUAUCCGAUUUUACCUCAAGCAUACCUUCAGCAAGCUCCUUCCAGAGGACAACAAUGGAAGCCUCUGGAAAUGCUAUCAAGCAGCUGCUCCUAGCGAAACCUCCUACCUGGUCUGCACCUGAUGAUAAGACUCCACUCCAGAGAUUUAUGUCCCCUUUCCUUCCUCCAUCUCCAUCAAUGUACAAUGCUCCUAUGCCAUCACCAACAACUCAUCUGAACCCAUUUUCUCCUGGACCACUCCAUCGGUUAGUGUCUCCAAUGCUCCCUUCUAAGAUGUUUCAGUUACCUCCAACAAUCUUACCAAUGCACCUGCCAUCAAGUUCAGGCAUGACUAAAGUCAACUACCAUUCAGAAAAAGAGAAAGCUUCUUCUCCCAUUGCCAGUGAAGGAGAUCAUGCUGACUUGAUCUCUCCAACAUCCUCGGGUUCUUCUGAGAGUCAUCUGAAGGAUAAGCAGCCAUUGGAACACCAUGGAGAAGAGCAUAGAUUGAAAGCAGAGGACAGGCUGGCAAUGUCGCCCACAGGAAACUAUGGUCACCAUCGCUGUGCCCAGUGUGGAGAGGCAUUCAACAAGCCUAGCCAGCUGCGCAUACAUGCCAGAAUACACACCACUGAAGGAACUUUUACCUGUCAUGACUGUUCUCUCUCUUUUCCCUCCAAGUAUAUCUUGUCUAAGCAUGAACGCUCAGAGGAACACUUUUUGCGAGUGGAGGGUGUAGAGUUGGCUACUACAACAGGUUCAGAUUCCAACCCCAGGCCAUUUAAGUGCAAAGAGUGUGCCAUUGCUUUCCGGAUCCCUGGACAUCUGGCCAAGCACCUUCGGUCCAAAGGACACCUGAUGACGCUAGAACGGCAAGGGAAGCUCCCAGCCCACAAACAGGACCUUCUGCAUAAUCACCCAGAUGGAGAUGAUGGUUUGAUGUUAUCUCCAAGUGAGCCAAAGGCACCUGGCAGCCCGGCAUCCUCAGAAAAAACAGACAGUGCCAGUGAAGCAGAAGAGGGAAAAUCAUGAGAUUUGCCCCCCCCCCUCUCAACUUACUCGUAAUACUGCUGGGAUAAAACUUACCUCUACUGCUUUUUUUCUGCGACAAGGACAUCUUUUGUUUCAUGUGGAAGUGUUGUGAAAAGCUAAAUCCUUUUACUUCUUUGUAGAAUUUACUGCUAUGGAGUAUGGAAUGUGAUUUUGUGAGCGUCUCAAUUGAAUAUGUUGUGGAUAUCAUUGUCAUCAUUUGAAUUAGAAAGAACAUUUUUGGAAUACUUGAAUUGUGCUCAUCAUCAUCAUCAUCAAGCCCUCAAUUUAAUUCUAUUUGCUAUGGAAAUUGCAUGGAUUUGUGUUGUGUAAUUGUUUAGAAUUUAUGAAGUUCAUUGGAUCUUCUGCAUAACAGUGGAGAAGUAUUUUCAUUAUCAUCACAAGAACAUAUAACUACUUCAUGAGAAUAUACGCAAAGUGGACUCAGAAAUCAUGAAAUCGCAAGGACAGUGGUCGCAGAUCAGGUUCGCAGAUUUUAAGACAAGGAGAACAGCAUUACAAACUCUGACAAAGUGCUUCAAGAUAACAAACCAGGGAAAUCAAAUUUUCUUACUUUAUUCAUGCAUACCUUGCUGUACCAAUUGAGGUAUAUCACUUUGUUAUUUUCUGCUUUGAUUGGUGUCAGGUCAGUGUUUCUAUGUGAAACUGAUUUUCCUUGAAGAUUAGAACUGUUGAAUUUUCUGACAUUCAGAAUGAUUUUGCAGUUCUGGCAUUUACUACAACUAUACCAAUAUGUUUUUUAUUCUCAUUUAAAAGAAGUUUCAGUUCUUUCAUGUGAUAUAAUUACUUUGACUGAAAACUGACAUUGCAAAGGAACACACAUUUUUAAUAUAUAUAUGUUUUUUUUUUUUUUUUCUAUUGCCAAAUACUUUUUUUUUUCUCAAAUAGUUUGCCAGAAUAAGAAACUCUUUCUAUUGUUGUAGAAGGUGGUUGGUCGUUAAGCUUACAUUCAUAGGUGUGUGCCAACAUUAAUUCUCUUCAUUCGGUUCAUGUAUAUUGACAAGGCUACCUUUCACAAUGCAUGCAGUGACAUUGACAAAAUAUUGUAUUGACCACAUCGUUGUCAUGUGCCAAAUUGUGAAUUUUUGUCUCUUUUUUUCCCUUCUAUCCCACAAUGGGAUAUGUUGAUAGUAUUUCCUGACGUUCCAAGGUUCUAUCGAAAUCCAUGCAGAAUACACCCUAUGCAGCUUGAUUUUAAGUGGUGUUCAGUGUAGGUAGAGGCUAACCAAUAGUGUGAUAGCAAUAAUCAUUUGAUAUUAUACUGAAACAAUUUAAUAGAAAAGUGUAGUACUUUUUUUAAUCCUUUUUUUUCCGUGGCUUAGAAUAUUCGAAAAAAUACACAAUGCUGCUGUGUAAUCCACUACAACACUACUUAAAAUUCCGUGUAAAAAUAGAGAGCAUCACUACGUCAUUGCCAAGUAUUCAUGUAUAGAAAUAAUGAAGUGGAUUAUAUAUGUGUUCACUGUAAAUUUGGUGUUAGUGUAUAUAUGUUAAAGAACCAGCGACUAAUCUGCUAGGUUUCUAUCAUGGGCGGAUGUACAUUUCGAUGUAUAUUCCACACUAUUAAUCUAACACGGGCAGAAGUACUUAAUAGCAGACAUACAUUGAAUCGGAUAUGUCUUGUCUUAGUGAUGCAGGUAAGGGGUUAGGGAUGUUCUGCUUUAUACUACUUACGCCGACUCAAAUAUAUAUCGUGAUAUAUGACAUCUUUUUUUGUUCAUUGAGACAACACAAAACAAUACUCUAACUUCCAGUAAGGUUGACAAUAUCUUCUCGCUAAUUGGAACUUGUUCCAGGUUUCAACAAUUUUUGCCUGAUUCCUGUUAACCACAAUUCAAAAUGCCCCCCCACUCCUUAAUUCUUAUUAUUUUGUAGCAUUUUCUUUGCUAUCAGCUUAUGAAUAGCGGAAAAGGGCUAAAAUUGGCAUGGAUUUAAGUAAAACCUAUUUAAUUUGAAAUCGGUAUAAUUAUCUGUCUGCGGACUGGCACUGCCAUGCACCAUAUUUCUGAGUGCUACAUAAAUGAAAUGAUAAUGGGGUAAUGACAUAACGAUGUAUUAAAGGAAGGAUUUCUUUUAUUAUUGAUGUUGUGUAGGGCUAACCAUUGAACUCACUCUGCUGAGUUCAGUGGUACAGUCUAAUAUUAAUUCUCAGGAUUGAGACCUAUGAUAACACAUUUAGAAAUUGAAAGGAAACUUGAGGUAAUGUACCAAAGAAAAUAAGAUUUCUCUGUCUUACUUAAGGUUAAGUAUUGUUUAAGAAAGUUGUCUUACAAAUCCUCAUCCAGUUCACCGUUGAUGAUAUUAAGAAAAUGUCAUAUACCAUAGUCGAUACAAAGGAUGGUGUUUAAUAUAGCUGUUUGUACGUUACGAGCGACUGAACAAAUGACUGGUGAUCCUUUCUCAGAAGCUAAAUCAACACCGGUGAAAAUUUGCAUUCAUUUACCACAAGAAAAGGAUCACCAGUCGUUUGUAACGUCGCUUGUAACUUGCGGACAGCUUUAUGAAACACCCACCAGGUGGAAGAUGAAGCAUUAUGUUUGCAGACAAAUAUAUCGUUAUGGCUUUGACGUGGACAUUUUAGAUAUGAAGGGAUCCUGACAGGGUAGUCUACUGUUACAUGUUUAUUAUGAUGCGAAUUUGAAGAAAACAAAAUGAGACUUGCUAUAUGAACAUAAAAAAUAUUUUUAUACAGUGUGUAGUUUUGCCUAGUCACUUAAAAUCUAUAACAAAAAGUAACUAGCUCACAAAAAUUUGUUGCCUUAGACUGUGUUUAGAAAGAGAAAUAGAAAUAUAUAUAUAUAUACAUAGAUAUAUAUACAUAUAAACAUAUAUACAGAUAUGUAAAUGGAAGAAAAAAAUACUUUUGACCUACCGAAAUAGCGGAUUGGCCUAAGUAGGGUUGGAAAACAGUAUUGGGAACUUUAUUAGAUGUUGUUGUAUGUGAUCGGAUGUCAAAUUUAUAUGUCAGAUGAAGCUAUUUUUGCACAAAUUAGAAGGCUUUAUGGUGAAGAACUAGAGAUUUGUAAUAGGUGUACGGAUAUUACUGGUUUUUGUAGUCAGAGAUGGUAUGGUUCUGGUGCUUAGCCCCUUUCACUGGAGUUGAUAGAAAACCCCCAAAUGUACAUUUUUGCAUUAUCCGCAGAUGUAUCUCCAACACCAGGCCAUGUGAUAUAUUCUUGUGCAUGCGUAUUUGGCCAGUGCGGUCUGAUCCGUAGCUUGGAUUUUUCCUUUUUUUCUGGAGAAUUUGAAUGAUUUAUAUAUUCCUGGCUAUCUUAGUAUUGAUAUCAGACAGAAUGCCACCAAUAUUAAAGCAACAAGGGCAUAUUCAUGGUACACACAAAAGAUAGGGGCUAGGCACCACAUCCUCUGUAAAGUAUUGUCAGAAUUAACACAAUGUUUUGUGUUUAUUUAGGGUGGAUAUAUUGGUGAUAAUUUUUGCAAAAAAGCAGUCACUUACUAGAUAAAUUUGUGUAAUGCAAGAGGCAGCCAUCCUCACUAAUGAUGGAUUUUUUUGGGGCAGCUGUUAUUGCUUUUUCUUGGUGUUUUUCAAAGGAAAAUUUGGUAGAAAUCAUAAAAAAUUACAGAAAUUUAACAUUUGAUUUUACAUGUAGGUAUGCAUGUACAGGUAAACCUUCCAACUCACACAUAUUUCUCUCUUUGUGUCUGUCUGUCUCUCUCCCUCUCUCUCUCCCUUUCCCUAUCUCUUUGUAUAUUAUCCAGCCCUGUUUCCCUUCCCCUUCUCUCACGUGAAUGUCGUAGCUUGCGGUGAUCAUCUUCCUAUACGAAACCUCUUGUUUGCCCUAAUCUCACCUCAAAUCUGUGAGACAGUGAUGAAAAUUAGUGAUUGCGGGAUGUCAUUUUCAAGCUGUAGAGGCAAGGAAUUCAAGCCGUGUUUUGGGGGGGGGGGAGUUUGAUUGGGUUUCCUCCUGCCUCAUUUUUGCUGAGAGUGGAAAAAAUUAUUGUUUAGUUAAAUAAGGAACAUGGCAGCAUCAUUAAUUGGUGGGAUAUUUUCUGUUGAGAAAUAGUUGAAUGUGUGUGGCAUUCUUUGUCCUUCACUGCAAGACCUGUUCCGAACGUGGAUUCCUGUUCUCUCUUCAUCUUAUUUUAAAUUGAUUUUUCAUUCCCUGCUCUCUUGUAGUGCAUUCAGUUUGGGAAGUGAUAUGGGGAAGCUAAUUGAAAUUUUGUUCUUAUUUAGUUUGAUAUCCUUUUUUUUUGUUUGACAAUGAUUUCCCACCUUGAUCACAGUUCACAUUUUCAGUUUAUAUCCCUUCUUGCUUUCCCUCUCUCAGGCCUUCCAUUUUCAUCUUACAUUUUUUGCCCUCUUGGGUCAUUUGUCCUCCAUUUUCAAAGGUUUCCCUUAUCUUUCUUUGUAAUAUUCUUCAAUCUAUUUAUAUUUCCAACAUAGCAUUUUAAGUGUAUGCUUGAUUUGUUUUCUCCUUUUCACUUCGUAAUCCAAUGCCCUUGUUUUCUUCUUAAUUGGAAUCAUCCUGUUUACUCCCCAAGAUUUACUCAACCACUCUCUAACACCAAAUAAAUCACAAAGUGAUCGGGGAAAUGAUGUCUGUAAAAACAAAAACGAAAAAUACCCAAAAAAAUCUGACAUUCCUUUCUGCCAAGAAAAAAAAAACAUCCAAACUAUCAUUUAAUAUUCCCUCUUGGAUGAGAAAGAUGCCAAUUCGUUGUGAGCUCUUGAAAUAGAAUGACAAUUUUCCCUGCAAAGCAAAUUUCUUUUUCUUCUACUUGGGGGAAACUGUAAUUGCCUCAUUCUCCAGAGGGGCGAAGAAAAUUGGUCUGUAAGCGAAGGGAGGAAAUAGCGUGGGCAGGCAAAGGAACUGUAACAUCUAUUUUGAGGCUGAUAAAAAGGUAGAUGUUGUUGGAGAAUGUUGCUUCGGAUAUCCAUCUUCAUUUUUCAUACCUUGCAUAAAUAAUCUAAGAUCAUAUACUUGUUACGUGGUUAACAUGCAACAUGGUUUCACAAAAAGUGUUGUGUGGUCAUAUUCUUUGAUUUGGGCUUAUUUCUGGCAAUAAAUGGGUAAAUUUUUCAGAAAUUUGACUUUAACCGUGAUAUGUUUAUGUCAUGAAUCAGUAUGUUGUCUGCUCCUAACAAGCAAUCUGCUCUCUGAAGCAAUGCACCAAUUGCUUUUUUCUCCAUCUUAUUGGGCUUGAAUUUAAAUGAAUAAUCAGAAUGAAAAAAAAUCAAAAUGAAAAUUUAAUUAGGAAAAUAGUAAAAACUGAUCACUAAUAAUCACUCAAGUCUUGUAAAUUUAUAUUCUCUUCUAUCUCACAUCUCUGUAUCGUUAUCCCUCUCUCUCUCUCUCUCUUUAGUAAAAUGAAAGUUUCUCUUGCAUUGAUUCUACUCGAGCAGAAAUCAUGGAUCCUUAUCUACUCCUUCAAUAGAGAAACCUGCAUGUUUGUGACUUGUCCAUUUCUAUAUUUACAUGAAUAGUGUGUUAUGCAGGAUGUCUCGGGGGCUCCUAUCUCAAUUUCUUCUUCAAUAUUUCAUUUGCCAACUAGAUCCAGGGUCAUACGCUGCGUUAUCAGUCUAGAAUCUCUGGUGAAAUCUCGAGGUCCAGGUUUAGUGCAUAGGAGAGGUAUCCCCAAACCAGCUCGUUGGCAGUGAUCAGUGCUUGAUUCUGUUAUUUCUAAUCAUUCAAAAUUGUUUGAUAUUCAAUAAUAAAACAGGUCUUGAAUUCCUGCCACUUCAGUCUAUAUUCUCCUUCAACAAAUAGCGAAGAUAUUUUCUGAUGUGCUGUUAAUCCAAUUUUUUAUGAUUCUUCCUGUUCUGUCCAUCUUUCCUCUUUCCCUUUUCCUAUUAUGUGAGUUGGAAGAACUCUUUGCUUACUUGUGAUUCAGUGUUGGUAUUUAAAUCAUUAACUCUUUAUAUGGAGACGAUUGUUUGAAUCUAUGAAAGUGAUAUGGAUCCUUAUCAAGUGAUCGGCUGAAAUAUAUAACAUGACCAGUCAUUUAUUUUUGUCUAACAUGCAAAGGGGGUUAUAACUGGUACUAAUGACUGCAUGCAGUUCUAUUGACUUGCCAUGGUUUUUAGGUGAGGAUGGUUAAUCAAAUUAUGUGGAUCCACAUCACUAUAACAUAUAUAAUACUUAUCAUUUUUCUUGGGAUUCAGAAUGAUCAAUAAAUCAUGAUCAAUAAAUCAGAAUUAUUAAAUAAUUACCCACACAUGUAAAUUUUCAAACAGUUCGAAUCAUGCCUCAGAUAUGCUAUAACUAUUCCUAAGAUAACUGGUGCGUAUAAUUUGUACUUAUGCCCCGAAUGAUGCGUGGUAUUUGUAUACUAUCGCCUUUUCUAAGGUUGACAAAACAAUCUGACAAUGCUUCAUAUGUUAUGCUUAUAUUCACAUCUGCCUUAAUCAAAACAACAAAACAUCUGGAGUGCACAAAAAGAGGAAAAUAUAUAUAUGGAGAAAAAAAAAGAUUAUAUUGCAAAAAUGUAUUUAAAAUACAUGUUUGCAUGUAUAUGAGCAUACCAACUAAAGGUUUGAUAUUGCAAAUGGAUCCCAUCAAAUUUUAUUGUCAUUUUUAGAUAUGAAAAUAUUGAUUUAUAAUGAUAUAGAAUUGUUUCAGAAAUAUUUUGGUAACCUAUCAAUUUGUAGAAAAGUAAAUCUGCUUUAACAAUGGUAUUAGUGAGAGUGAAUGGUUGGAUUAAUUUGUUGAAAAUAUGUUUUAAUGCUAGCAAAGAAUUGGGUGACAAAAUCAAUUAUUUGUCGUAAUCAACAAUGUUUUUUAAAGGGAUUUUUUUCUUUAAAAAUAUGUAUUGUUAAUGGAAAGUUCUAGGUAUGUUUUUGUUGAUAUUUGUUAUACUGAAGACAAAUACUUCUAUUUAAGGACACGUGCACUUGGAUUUUAACAGUUCAUACAGCUUAUGAUAUCACCUAUUGUGAAUCACAAGGUUAUGUAAUAUAUAAUUGAAAUUAGUCGCUUUCGUAAGAUAUUUGAUAUUUUUAGGCUCUCAAAUUUGAAUAUCCGUUUUCUUAAAUAUUCAUAAAUAUAUUGAAUUUUUAUUUCUAACAUUUAGAAAAAUCAUUUGUGAGAUAAUUUAUAUUUCUUGCUGCUGUAUACAUAGUUGUUUUGCAAAUUGUUUUGAUAACUAGGAGGCAAACAUGGUUUUGAAAUGGAUGUAAAAAUCUAUAUUGUGUUUAAAAGUGUACAGUUGUAUACCAUAGAAAUGACAUUGAGCCUGUGUUGUUGAAAGCAACUCAACUUACUCUUGAAAAUGUACUAUGAAUGUGAUUGAUUUAAUAUGUGAAUGAUAUUUGAAAUGAUUUCCUUUUAUUACAGGAAUGAUAAUGAAAAUACAUAUGCGUGAAAGUAUGACAAAGAAAUAGGCAGGUAUUUGAUAUUUUUCAUAUUAUUCUAAGAAGGAGUUCUGUGCUAUUUUUACAUGGCAUUAUGCGCACAAGGUAAAUAGGUAGAGUUACAAAUAUACAGGUUAUGAAAGUUUUUUUUUUUUUUAAUGAAGGAAACAUUUCAGUUCCUGAUCCAUCAAAUUUUGACCCGUUUCUUAUUCUUGGUUUUUUAUAUUCCAUCAUGGAAGUUAACGAUAUUUAAUGCUUUUACCCCUUGGAGAUUGACAUCUUUUGUAUAAAAAUUGCUUGCAGGAAAUAUUUUUCACUCAUGAAAUGGGUAUUUUCAAGUUGAAGUGAUCAUUCAUUAUUUUAGUUUGUUGUUUUAUAAACUUUGUCAGUUUCAACACUAAGAUGUCAUGAAGGACUGUCCAAAAUGAAACCUUUCUAUGACCCCUUUUUCAGUCCUAUUUGGAACAAAGGAUAUUUGACAAGUUGUUUUUUCUUUUCACUCAAUUUGGCUUUAACUCAUAUCUUAAUUUAAAAUAAGAUUUGAAAAUGAAUCAUCAAGUUUGACGAUACUUUUACUCCCAACUUUUUUGUUUUUUGGUUCAUCUUUCAUAUGCUUUUUAUUUGUGUAUUUGCUCCAUAUUUCCUCGGUUUUAAUUGUCUGAGGAAAUUCAAGAUUUAUUUUCACAAAGAUACAAAUUCUGAUAUUUUUAACAAAUUUGGUUUUAUUUAUUUUGAACCAAAACAAAAAGUCAAAAUUAAAACUAUAAUACUUAUUAGAUAUCCUUUGGACUUGGUUGAUUUCCUCCAAAAUAUUGGAUUUAAUUUCCACCUUACUUGUGAAAAUUUAUUGGAUAUUUUGGGACAAAAGUUUACAUUUAUUUAAGCAUUUUCUUGUUCAUGUAUUUGUCAAAAAUUAUGUUGAAGAUUCAUUCUACUAGUCUAAUUUUGAGCAGCAAAAAGUAGAAUUUAAAUCAAUUUAAUGUUGAUUUCAAUAAUCAUUCAUUACUGGACCUGAAUUAAUUAUUAUUCCAAGAAAAAAAAUCAAAAUCAUCAGCCAAGGAAUUUUAUUAUUGACAUUAGUAAAAUAUUUGAAAAAUGCAUUGAAAAAAAAGGAUAUUGUGAAUUGAAUGCUAGAUAUGUCAGUUUUAUAUCACAUUAAAACUAAAUAUUUCUGGCAUAUCUUUAUAAACAUUUUUUUUUUCAAAAUCAUUCCAUUAUAUAUUAGAAAGUAAAUUUGUGUUUCAUUUUGUUAGCCAGAAUGUGUUCUUUCUAUUUAACGUAUUGGCCAUGUACUAUAUAUCAUUAUAUUUGUAAGACUAUUAAGCAUUUUUUACAUUGCCAAUGAGCUCAUUUUAUGGUAGGCUUCAUUCCAGUCUGAAAUAUUUAUUUCUUUGUGUCACUUUUUCAAAAUGUAAAUGUGCAUAUGACUAUUCAAUAAGUGCAUGGGAGUGGUUGUUUGACUUUGGAUAAAUGUAAUGUUGUGUCAGAUUUGUUUUUAUUAACUGAUUUAACUCAUUUUGUCAUUAAUAUCAUUUCAUAUUUUACCGUUUCUUUUCUCAAAUUUGGGUUUCCAGUACUUUCUAAAAGUGUUUUUGAUCAUUGAUGUUUUGUAGGUAAUAGAAACUAUGCCAAUAUAAGAUGCGCAAGGUAAAUUAGAAAUUGUGCUUUGAAAAUGCUGAACCAAAGACUAUAGCAUUAUGGCCGCUUUGGUAACGCUAAAGUACAAUUUCAUAAUCAAACAAUAAAAGAUGAAUGUAUACUCCAA